CGGAUGAGAAAAAAACCGGAAAAAACUUGGCCGAUCUCCUCCUCACCGCACGGCAAAGGCUCCUUUCCCCUUUCCCGCAAGGCUCCCACGCUGACGAAAUCGACGCCGAUUUCCCGAAAUCCCCAAUCCCCAAUCCAGAAUCCACUCGCUUUUCGAUAAAAUUUCUGUUGAUUGCGUCGAAACCUUCGCAAUCCUCUCGCACGCAUCACGCCUUGCGCGCCGCAUCUCGUAGCCCUGAAUUUUGAUUUGAUUCUGCUGCCUCCGGCGCGCCCCUGAUUGGCGAGGAGGUGGUGGUGGUUGUGGUGGGUGCGGCCAUGGCGGCUUCGACGGCGGCGGCGGUGGCACCGGACUGGUGGAACGACGUGAACAACUCGCCGAUGUGGCAGGACCGCUCCUUCCACGCCCUCGCCACGCUAUACGGCGCCGUCUCGUUCGUCGCGCUGGUCCAAUUGAUCAGAAUCGAAUGUAGAGUACCUGAGUACGGAUGGACGACACAGAAGGUGUUCCAUUUCAUGAACUUUAUUGUGAAUGGAGUGCGGUCAAUCGUGUUUGUGCUCCGACGAGAUGUGCAACUUGUGCAGCCUGAGGUAUUUCAACAUGUGCUCAUUGAUUUUCCGGGGCUUGCAUUCUUCACAACCUAUGCUCUGUUAGUGCUCUUCUGGGCUGAGAUUUACUAUCAGGCACGGGCAAUGUCUACUGAUGGGCUCAGACCAGCUUUUUAUACAAUCAAUGGAGUGGUCUAUGCAAUCCAGAUAAUACUUUGGAUGGCGUUGUGGUGGAAACCAGUUCGAGCAAUGGUCAUCUUGUCUAAGAUGUUCUUUGCAGCGACAUCUUUAUUUGCUGCCCUUGGAUUUCUUCUCUAUGGAGGGAGGCUAUUUCUGAUGUUACAGCGUUUUCCAGUUGAAUCAAAAGGAAGGCGUAAAAAGUUGAAUGAGGUUGGAUAUGUGACAACCAUAUGCUUUUCUGGCUUCUUGAUCAGAUGCGUAAUGAUGUGCUUAAAUGCGUUUGAUAAAGAAGCCGAUCUUGAUGUUCUGAACCAUCCAAUCCUAAACUUCUUCUACUACUUGUUGGUUGAGAUUGUACCUUCAGCUUUGGUGCUGUUCAUAUUAAGGAAACUACCACCUAAACGGGGGAUCACACAGUACCAUCCAAUCCAUUAGAUCAGUCCAGGGAUCCCCAAUGUGCCCUUGCAAAUUGUUCCUUCAAACUGGUGAGUACAGAAAUGUAAAUCUUAACCACGGAUUUCUUUGUAGGUAGGUUGCUUGGUUUUCAUGUGAAAAAAGCUCAACAAAAAUUCUGGGAUAUAUAUAGUUUGUAAAAAGUCUAACAUCCCGUCAUCCCAAAUUCCUGCAAUUGCUGUACUGCGACCCAGGAGUAUUCUGCAACUACAGGUUUUCUUCUGUAAACUGAAGGACAAAUAUGCUUUGAUUAUUUGUUUGAUUAUUUGUAAUAAUGUCAGCUUUGGUUUAUUGUUCCUGGUAAAAAGCCCCUUGCACGCUUCCUCCUGACUCCCCAGUGGUACACAUUGUUCAUUACUACCUUUUUUUAGCCUGGACAAUACUGGGCAAUGUUGUGUUCCUUGGCAGAGUAUUUUCCCUUUUA